AUGACUAUCACCCACCACCACAGACACCGUGACCCAGUACGAAAGGUCCUCAGUAUCGCCGUACAGUACGCCUCUCGCCCGGACGACGUACCAGACCUAGAACUCCGCGGCGCGCACAAGGACCCGGUUACUCUGCGUAGGCUGUUGAAGAAACACUUUCAUUACCGCGAUGAGGAUUUCACCAUCCUGAUGGACGAUGAAAGCGGACAAUAUGAGAGCCCCACACGCGAAAAUAUUCUUCGUGCAAUGCAUGAAUUCCUGGUUGCAGCUGUUUGGCUAACAAAGCUCAUGUUCAAUGCAGUCUCAGGCCAUGGUGGCCAAGUUCCAAAUCUCAAUGGCACGGAGAAGGAUGGCCUGGACGAAGUGAUAUUCCCGGUAGAUGUUACUGUGUACGAAGACGUGAACGACUUCGACGAGAAAACUACCAUUAUGGAUGACCUCAUUCAUGACAUUAUUGUCAAACACGUUCCACUGGGUGCUCAUUGUAUGAUGGUUUUCGAUUGCUGCCACUCUGGAAGCAUGGCGGAUCUCCCAGAAGCAUGCGAAGGCGAUCAGGUCAACUGCGACUCCCCGAUAUCACCGGUAUACUUGUCGGAUCCCAGACGGGCUUUUGGAAGAGGCAGUGCACCUUCAGUGCACCCGCCAAAGAGUGUUCGCAUAAGACACGCCGAAGGUUCCCAUGGAGCGACGGAGGAGAAUCCGUCAAGUGAUCCCGCCAAACACCAUUUUGCUGCGGAUCCUCAAGCUCUUGCCGACGUUACCUCCUGGGCUGCAUGCGAAGAUGAUCAAGCUGCAUUUGGGAAUUCCAAGGGUGGCAUUUUCAUCAGAGCGUUGGCGAAGGCCCUAGCUCAUCAUCCCCAUGCUUCACAUGAGCAAAUUCUCGGCUGUGUAACACAUUGCGUUGGUGAUAUGAUCAAGGGGGUCAACGAGCGUAAUCCCUCUGCCCUCCUUAGCGAACAGACUCCCGAGUUGGAAAGUAACAUGUCAAUGGGGACGGUCCUCAAAAGUGGCUUCGACUUGUGA